AUGGCUCCUCAGCGCCGGGCCGGGGCUCGGGCUACGGAGAGCGGCGGGGCCGGCGCGGGGGCGCGGGCGGAGGAGCGCCGACGCCUGAGCAGUGUUACGAAAGGAAAUGGUCAGAAGGAUUCUCGUUGGAAGUGGCUGAAAGUGGCAUUCCUUCUUUCCUCUGCUGUGCUGGGCUAUCUUCUGAGCGGGAGCUAUCUGUUCAGUGAAGAAGGAGUUACAGAAGUAUUGGCUCAUCAUGGAGAAAUCCUAAAGGACAGAUUUAUCGAGGUACCCUGUUCGGAGGACUAUGACAGCCACAAACGUUUUGAAGGCUGCACUCCUCGAAAGUGUGGAAGAGGAAUCACAGAUGUCAUUAUCAGCAGGGGGGAAGCUGAGAGAAUCCGUAGAAUAGCGGAGAAGGGCCUGUCCCUGGGAGGAUCGGACGGAGGGGCUUCAAUUCUGGAUUUGCACUCUGGAGCUCUUUCUUUGGGAAAGCAUUUUGUUAACAUGUACAGAUAUUUUGGAGAUAAAGUCCACGAUAUAUUUACAGAAGAAGAUUUUCGUUUGUACAGUGAAUUGAGGCAGCGAAUUCAACAAAAAAUAGCUUUCACUUUUGGUAUCAGCUCCUCUUCCAUGUAUUUGACCAAGCCAACCUUCUUCUCCAGAAUAAACAACUCAGAAGCCAAGACAACUCAUGAUGAAUACUGGCACCCACAUAUUGACAAGGUGACCUAUGGUUCCUUUGACUACACAUCAUUGCUUUACCUAUCAGACUAUACAGAAGACUUUGGUGGAGGACGAUUUGUCUUUAUGGAUGAAGGUGCAAAUAGGACUGUAGAACCUCGAGCAGGCCGAGUUUCCUUUUUCACUUCAGGCUCGGAAAACCUUCAUCGUGUGGAGAAGGUCCACCGGGGCACCCGCUAUGCCAUCACCAUUUCCUUCACCUGCAAUCCAGAUCAUGGUAUCGGGGAUCCAGUUUUAACAUAAUGGGACCAGUGGCCGGGUGGAUCGACAAGCGAAACCCCUGUGCAGAAGG